AGCUCAGAGCGACCCUGUCACCGUGCAGAUGACCAUCGACGGCGUCUUGGUGAACAUGGAGCUAGACACGGGAGCGGCUGUUUCCGUCAUGUCAAAGACGCAGUUCCGUCAGCUCUUUCCUUCGGCUGUACUGGAGCCUACGAAAGUUAAACUUCGUACCUACACAGGAGCACUGGUACGACCCCAGGGAGUCUCUUCGGUCAACAUGCAGCAAGGCGACCAUUCUGCAAUUCUCCCACUCUACGUCGUAGACCACAAGGGACCACCUCUACUAGGCUGGGAGUGGCUCCACGCCGUCCGGCUGGAGUGGGCGAAAAUCUGGAACCUGAACAACAUUACAAGGUCAGACACUCCUACUGAUAGCGUAAAAAAGAGGCUAGACGCAUUGCUGGCGAAGUACCAACCCCUUUUCAAAGACGAGUUAGGCACGAUAACGGAAGAGCGCGCCGAACUUUUUCUUAAACCUGAUACGAAACCGAGAUUCCUAAAAGCCAGGAAUGUUCCGUUCGUGUUGCAAAAAGCUUUUGACGCUGAAUUGGCUAAAAUGGAACAGCUGGGAAUUAUAUCGCCGGUUACGACGUCAGAAUACGCUACGCCUGCGGUACCCGUAAUCAAGCAAGAUGGUAGCAUACGGAUUUGCGGCGACUACAAGACGACCGUUAACCCGUGCCUUGAGGUCGACCGCUACCCAUUACCGAAGGUAGACGACCUGUUCACAGCCUUGUCGGGCGGUAAGCACUUCUCGAAGAUUGAUCUCAACCGGGCCUAUCAGCAAGACCUUCGCUACCUCGGACACAGAAUCAGCACACAAGGCAUCUCGGCAACGACGGAGAAGGUUGACGCACUCCUCAAGGCUCCAGCCCCUAAAGACAGGAAGCAGCUGCAGUCGUUCCUGAGAGUCGUCAAUUUCUACGGCAAGUUCCUUCCUAACCUAGCAACGGUGGCGCAACCAUUUUUCAGACGCAACGAGCUCACAGUUCAACAAGGCUGCAUCAUGUUCGGGAUGCGAGUGAUCGUGCCGGCAAAGUUGCGCGACUUGCUGCUGGACGAACUCCACGAAGUGCACCCAGGCAUCGUGCGCAGCAAGCAACUGGCGCGCAGCUACGUGUGGUGGCCGUCCAUCGAGGCGGACCUCGAGCAUCGUGUCAAGGCCUGCUGGGAGUGA